UGUCUACAGUUACUCUGCUGUUUUGAGCGUUUGAAGCAGUUUGGGGAGAGCCGCCGAGUGCUAUGUGCAGAAGCACAGAGGUGCUCUGCAUCCUCCCUGUACCUUGCCGGCUGGUUUUGUGUCCUCACCGAGCGCCGGGGCAGGCGGAAAGCUUUCCAUGUUCCCGCACUACCUGAUCGCCUUUCUUUGAGUAUCUUGAGUCGGGAGGAAAGUUUCAGGUCUUGUGAGAGUCUGUCUUCAUCCCCUUGCUGGAAAUACCCAUAAAACCUGUCUCUAAAACCAUUGCCCGACGCAGGGAUCAGCAAGAAGAGACCCCUAAUGCCAGGAAUGGUCAGUAAAAACACAGACCUCGAGUUCGACUCUUUGCAGCCUUGUUUCUACCCGGACGAAGAUGAUUUUUACUUGUGCGGACCGGACUCCGCUCCUCCUGGGGAGGACAUCUGGAAAAAGUUUGAGCUGCUGCCCACCCCUCCUCUGUCUCCCAGCCGGGCCGGGCUCCAGGAGCACCCCCCGGGAGGAGCCUCGGUGCCGUGGGGACGGGCGGCCUUGGGGGGCUGCCGUCCCGCUGACCCCCUGGACUGGGCGUCCGAGCUGCUCCUGCUGCCCCCCGAGGCCGACCUGUGGGGCGGCUCGGACGGAGGGGACUUCUUCGAGACAGGCCUCAGCGUGACCAACAACCUCAAUUCCAUCAUCAUCCAGGACUGCAUGUGGAGCGGCUUCUCUGCCCGCGAGAAGCUGGAGCGGGCAGUCAGCGAGAAGCUGCAGAGCAAGGCGCCUGCUGCAGCCGUCCCGCCGCCUCCGGGGGCGACAGGCGCCGCCGCGGGCAGUACCGCCGCUGCCAGCGGCCGCGGGGAGCUAGCCGGCGCCGUGCCCGAGUGCGUCGACCCAGCCGUGGUCUUCCCUUUCCCCGUCAAUAAGCGGGAGACGGCGGCGGGCCGCGCUGGCACAGUGGUGGCCGUGGCAGCGGCGGGCGGCGGGACUCUGCGGGGCGGACGCCCACCGCGCCCCACGGGAGACAGCCGGGCCAGCAGCAGCUCCGGGGACGACACCCUCAGCGACUCGGAUGAUGAAGAUGAGGAGGAAGAGGAUGAAGAAGAAGAAAUAGAUGUUGUGACAGUAGAGAAAAGACGCUCCUCCUCCAACAAGGCUGUUACCACCCUUGCUGUUACAAUGCGUCCUAAAAAUACCACUUUUCCAACAGUCAGGACACAGCAGAAUGAACUGAUUUUAAAGCGCUGUGCACCGAUUCACCAGCAGCAUAAUUAUGCUGCUCCUUCUCCCUACAUGGAGACUGAGGAUGCUCCACCGCAAAAAAAGUUAAAAACCGAGGUGCCCCGUCCAGCAAAGCCCACAAUCCAACCAAAGUCUAAGAGUUCAAGUCCUCGAAACUCUGAUUCAGAGGAUAGUGAACGUCGACGCAACCAUAAUAUCCUGGAGCGUCAACGGCGUAAUGAUCUACGGUCCAGUUUCCUCACAUUAAGGGACCAUGUUCCAGAACUGGUUAAAAAUGAGAAAGCUGCAAAAGUUGUGAUCUUGAAAAAAGCCACUGAGUAUGUUCAUUCCCUUCAGGAAGAGGAGCAGAAGUUAUUGCUAGAAAAGGAAAAAUUACAAGCCAGACAACAACAAUUGCUAAAGAAGAUAGAAUACAAGCGGACUUGCUAAACUUUUUGUCUUGGUUUUUUUUGGUUUGUUUUUGUUUUUUGUUUGGCUGACCAGGACAGUCAUUGCCACUUUGCACAUUUUUGAUUCUUUGAAAAAAAUAAAUUGUUUUUUGACGUUAAGAAUGUUGGUUUUACUUUCAAUCCAGUCCCUGAAGUAAUCAACAAACUGUUAAUCCGGGUACGGAGCAAAUGGAUGUUCUUGAGAGGAGUUUAUUUCAAGACUACCAAACAGGAAUGGACUGCCUUUGUUUUUUUUUCUUAAGAACUGUAGAUGGUGGGGAUUUUUUUUUUUUUCAAAUUGUUGGGAGCAUUUGGAGCUGCUGGUGACAUCUAGUUGAGUUUUGAAAUGUUCAUUCCUAAGUUUUAUGGUGCUUAAGUUCUAACAGAUGUUACUUUAGGGGUUGGCAUUUUGUGCCCCUGUGGGAAUUUUCUGUAAAUACCAUCUACACACUUGCCUUUUGUACAUGUCUUGGGUUAUGAGAGGUGGCUUUUGCUACCGGUAUUAGACUGGAAGUUCAUACCUAAGUACUGUAAUACCUCAAUGUUUGAGGAGCAUGUUUUUGUAUACAAAUAUAUUGUUAAUCUCUGUUAUGUACUGUACUAAUUCUUACAUUGCCUGUAUACUUUAGUAUGAUGCUGAUACAUAACUAAAUUUGAUACUUAUAUUUUCGUAUGAAAAUGAGUUGUGAAAGUUUUGAGUAGAUAUUACUUUAUCACUUUUUUGAACUAAGAAACUUUUGUAAAGAAAUUUACUAUAUAUGCCUUUUCCUAGCCUGUUUCUUCCAGUUAAUGUAUUUGUUAAUGUUUGGUGCAUAGAACUGGGUUACUGCAAAGUUCUGUGUUUAAUUUCUUCCAACGAUGUACAUUUAGUGCUGCGUCUUAUAGCACUUUGAAAUACCUCAUGUUUAUGAAAAUAAAUAGCAAU